AUGGAGCCCUUGGUAAAACGCAAUAGCGCCCAACUUUUGGGCCCGUUCGACCGUUCCACUGCAGUAUAUGCUUAUGGUUUGGACAAGCCUGUGCAAAGGAACUAUGCUUACAGUGUCAGCGGAGGAGCAGGGGGCUAUGGCACCAAGAUCUCCACCGCUUCCUAUGGCUCACGGGUCGGCAGCGGCUUCGGUGGUGGAUUCGACUACCAGUCUUCAGGGUCCAGUUCUGGGUCUUUCACCAUCGGGAAUGAGAAGGCAACCAUGCAGCACCUGAACGACCGCCUGGCCAACUACCUGGAGAUGGUGAAGAACAUGGAGAAGGCCAACACCAAGCUGGAGAUCAAGAUCAGAGAGGCCAUCGAGAAGAGGGGCCCCUCUGAGGAGAGGGACUACAGCAAGUACAAUGCCAUCAUCAUGGAUCUGAGGGCCAAAAUACUGGACAUGAUCAAGGGUAAUGCACAGCUUGCAAUCGCAGUUGACAACGCGCGCCUCGCCUCAGAUGACUUCAAGCUCAAGAUGGAGUAUGAGAUGUCUAUGCGUCAGGCAGUGGAGGCUGAUGUGGCGAGGCUGAGGAAGCUUCUGGAUGACACCAAUGUAAUUCGUCUGCAUCUGGAGGGGGACAUUGAGUCUCUGAAAGAAGAGCUGAUCAACCUGAGGAAGAACCAUAAGGAGGACAUGGCUGAGCUGCGUGCCCAGAUCAGCCAGGUGGGAGUCCAUGUGGAUGUUGAUGCGCCUAAAGGACAGGAUUUGGCCAGGAUUAUGGAGGAGAUGAGGGACAAGUAUGAGAAGAUAGCCCGGAAAAACCAGGAGGAGCUCAAAUUAUGGCAUGAUUCUCAGAUCACAGAGGUGCAGGUCCAAGUGACUGAGAGCACAGCAGCUCUGAAGGAGGCCACAACUGUGCUGAGUGAGACCAGGAGGAGACAUCAGGCGCUGGAAAUUGAACUGCAGUCCCAGCUGAGUCUGAAAGGGUCCCUGGAAGCCACCCUCCGUGACAUUGAGUUGCGUUACAACAUGGAGAUGGAGAGGUACAAUGAGAUCAUCCUGAGGCUGCAGGGUGAGCUGACUCAGAUCCGCACCGAAAUCCAGCAGCACACACAUGAGUACGAGCUGCUGCUCAACCUCAAGAUGAAGCUGGAGGCCGAGAUCGCUGAGUACAGGAGGCUGCUGGACGGAGGAGGAGACUUCAGACUUGAGGAUGCAGUUGACUCAAAGAAGACGGUUCAGACAAAAGUGGUGACGGUCACUCAGACGCUGGUGGAUGGCAAAGUGGUGUCAGAGAGCAAGGAUGUUAAAGCCAGUGAAAAACAAGUUAAUGCUUGA